AUGUCCAGACCAACCUCUCAUGCGUCCGCGACUGACCCUUCGGGCUCCCAGCAGACCUGGGACCCGAAUCCUCCCACAUAUGCCGCCUUUUCUCCCUCUUCCACCUCCGGAUACUCCGCUACAUCGAAGCAACGGUCAACCAUAAUAGUGCACAAGAAAUCUCCUCUCCUGGUGGCAACACCGCCUCAGAUCACUCGAGCAUUGGCCCAUUCUCAUCCGUUCUUGUUGCCGUUGAACAAACUCGCCGGACUAUUGUCAUGGAGUACACCGGAUCCCUGGGAAUCCUACCUUUUGGUGGUCGCCUUCUGGGGCGUCACGCUUUAUGGGAGCGACAUCAUUCGCUUUGCCAGUCCCGUCAUCGUGGUGAUCGGUCUGAUGCUGGCUAUGUACUGGAGACGAUACUCGCCUCUGUCGUCGACCAGCAAAACAGGGGACAAACGUCCAGCCAAAACCCAUAAAAGAGAAUCUUCGGAAGCCUCAUCUCAGUACAAGACGUUAGACGAGAUUGUUGAUACCCUCCAGGAGCUCACUGCGCGCUGCAACAUCUUGUUAGAACCGUUCCUCAACCUGACGGAUUUCCUCUCUACUCAGACAACUCCCACUACUGCCACCACCCGGCCAGCAUUGACUACCCUUUUUAUUCGCGUCCUUCUCAUAACCCCGGUGUGGGUCGCUUUAACCUUUCCUCCUUUCUACAUUCUGACUUCUCGACGGGCCAUUCUCACCUUCGGUACUAUUAUGCUGACCUGGCACUCAAAGCCGGCACGGGUGUCUCGGGUUAUUCUUUGGCGCUCUGUAUUUCUGCGCAAAACUGCCGCGUUUGCCACAGGCUUGACGUUCGACCUCUCGAACGAUGGGCAAACUGAUCAGUCAGUCCGAGCUGUGCGGUCGAAAUCCCAAACCGGGCUUGCGUCGGAGGUCGCAACCAAACGACGACCGGAUUCUUCAGGCGUUCGGUUCACAUUCAUACUAUAUGAGAACCAACGUCGCUGGCUAGGUCUUGGCUGGACAACCUCUCUUUUUGCCUAUGAGCGUGGUCCAUGGACUGACGAACAUCUUAAUCCUGCGCCGUCCAAAGACGAAUUCCGGUUGCCAGAAGUGGAAGGGGGCCACGCCCGAUGGAGGUGGGUUGAAGGUUCCGAAUGGAGAAUAGAGCACGGAGAUGCCAAACAGCAUAGGAGAGCUGCUAGCCAGACUAAAACUGGCCCGGCUGGCGCUUCGGGCGCGGAGACAGCCGGUGACGGUGGCGGCUGGAUCUAUUACGACAACAGGUGGGAAGACGGGAGGACGGAAGACGGAUGGGGCAGGUAUACUAGGAGACGCAAAUGGUGUAGAGAUGCUGAACUGGUGGAAGUCACGCCUAGCACAGAGGUCAGUCGCAGUGCAACACCGGUGCAGCCAUUGUCGGACCCAGAAGACGAAAAGGUCAAGAAGGCCAAGGACUUCGCCAAAGGGCUCGGUGGUUCCAAGGACAUGGGAGCUGCAACAGCCACGCUUACGUCUGCACCAGAGUCGACCGCUGCAGGAGAGGGAGACAAGUCCAAGGAUAGUGAUGCAGUGAGCGUCGCCAAAUCUUCGACGACCAAGAAAGGCAGUGGAUGGUUUUCCAGUUCGUCGAAACGAAAUCGCAGCGACAGCAAGAGCAGCAGUGGGAAGAACACAGGACGGUUCAGUACUCGAAGUGAUCGAAGCCGUGAUGGGCCUGAGGACGAUGUGCAUGAUCAAUGGCAAGAUAAGGCUGAUCCUCUACAAAGGCCAUUUGGUGUUCAGGAGGAUGUUGCUAUGAGCCUUGGGUAG